AUGCCGAUGGCAAGAUGUGAUUUUACCGCGUUAAAAAUAUCGAAUGGCAAACGUUACAAUGUAGCAAUACUUGUGGACGGUGGAACGCACGGCCGGGAGUGGACUAGUGUUAUUUCUGCACUAUACUUCAUCGACUCUCUAGUGAAGAACUACGAUAAACAGCCUGAGUAUAUGAAGAAGAGAGACUGGCACGUAAUACCAGUGUUGAAUCCAGACGGCUAUGAUUACAGUCUAACUGUAGACCGCUUAUGGAGGAAAAAUAGACGGAGGCUGAGCGGUGCAUGUCAAGGAGUUGAUCUUAACAGGAAUUUUGCUUACAACUGGGGUAAAGAAGAGACCUCACAAACAGUAUGCGAUCCGUAUUAUUGCGGUCCAAUGCCAUUUUCUGAAGAAGAAACCAAAGCAUUUAAGAGAUUAACUGACGGCACGCAUUUUUCCGGUUACCUGUCUAUUCACUCUGCUGGUACUAAGGUUCUAUUCCCGAAAACGAGUGGCGAAACAUAUCAGAAACAAUUUGAGAUGACCAAGAGAAUGUGUCUGGCCAUGCGUGCAGUGGGUAGGCAGCCUUUCACGAAUGGGAACAUCGCUAAAAUUGGCAAGCAAGGUUAUGGAAUGGCCAUCGAAUGGAUGCACUAUGAGAAGGCGAUCACCAAUUCCUAUCUGAUUGAAACUAGGGGUAGAGCCGGGGUGGACCUUAUCCCACCAAAAGAGAUACUGAUUGCCGCAAAAGAAGUGCAAGCAGGAAUUAUGAAAUUUGCUGAAACACUCAGAUAGGUGAUCAACGAAUUGUGAAAUUAUGUAUAAGUCCAUGUGUAAUCCUUCAAAUAAAAUGUUAUUAUAUUUUUCUUU